AUGUAUCUAUCUAUCUAUCUAUCUAUCUAUCUCAGUCUGUUCAUAUCUAUCUGUUUAUCUCAUCUUGUUCAUAUCUAUCUAUCUAUCUAUCUAUCUAUCUAUCUAUCUAUCCCAUUUUGUUCUUUAUCUAUCUAUUAUAUUAAAGUCGCUCGGACUCAAAUACGUAUAUCUAUACACGGAUAUUUUUUUUAUUUUGCUUGUUUUCUCCACACACCCCCCCCCAUUGUGGGCGGCUACUGUCCACGGGUUUAUUUUCUGUCUUCUUUCCCUGUGUUAUCACACUUCAUUCAUUCUUUAUUUAUUUCUUUCGUUCUUUCUUUUUUCUUUCUUUCUUUCUUUCUUUCAUUCUUUCUUUCUUUCUUUCUUUCUUUCUUUCGUUUGUUAAAACGUAGUCACAUGCUCUCUCUCUCUCUCUCUCUCUCUCUCUCUCUCUCUCUCUCUCUCAUCAUUUUACAUUCUCUUUCUCUCUACUCUUCUGAUAUUUGUCUCUCUACAUCGAAACACAUAUUUUGGUUUAUUCUUCUCAUUCUCUCCAGCCUCUCAUUCUCCAGUCUCUUCCUCUGCCUUUGUGCGUGUCUCUCUCUCUCCCCCUCUCUCUCUCUCUCUCUCUCUCUCUCUCUCUCUCUCAGUUGCUGUCUUCUUUUUUUCAUCCAUCAUCAUCAUCAUCGUCAUCAUCAUUUUUUUAUUCAAUUCUAUAUUCUAACUUCUAGUUCUAUUUUCAUUCUUUUUCCUCCUUUUUCUUUUCAUUCUUCUUCAUCAUCAUUAUCCUCUUAUUAUCAUUAUUAUUAUUCAUUCAAUUCUUUUUUAUUUUUCACAGGUCUUCUUCUUUUUUUAUCCGUCAUCAUCAUCACCAUCUUUUUUAUUCAAUUCUAUUUUCUCACUUCUUCUGCUUCUAUUUUCAUUCUUUUUUAUUUCUUAAUCAGGAUCACCAUUUUCAUUCCCUUCUCCUUUUUCUUCUUCCUAUUUUCACUCUUUUUACGUUUUCAUUCUUGUUCUUCAUCAUCAUCAUUGCCAUCAUCAUCAUCAUUCAGCUUCUUCCAUUUCUGUUCUUCUUCUAUAUUCAUUCUUCUUCUUGUAGCCAUUCUUUUCUUCUUGUUUUUACUUUUUCCUCCUCUUGUUCCUUUUUUCUUGUUCUUUUUUUAUUGUUGUUGUUGUUCUUCUUCUUCUCUUCCUCUUCCUGCUUCUGCGUCUCCUCCUCCUUCUCCUCCUCCUUCUCCUCCUCCUUCUCCUCCUCCUUCUCCUCCUCCUCCUCCUCUUCUCCUUCUUUCCUUCUCCUCCUCCUCCUCCUCCUUCUCCUCCUCCUCCUCCUCCUUCUCCUCCUCCGUCGUCGUCGUCGUCGUCGUCGUCGUUUUCUUCUUCUUCUUCUUCUUCUUCUUCUUCUUCUUCUUCUUCUUCUUCUUCUUCACUUUCCCAAAGGCCACAUUUUGCUGCUUCGUUCGUUUUGGAAGUGGGCCGAGCCGAAAGCACUUCAACACAAACUUAUCUAUCUAUCUAUCUAUCUAUCUAUCUAUCUAUCUCUAUCUCUAUCUCUAUCUCUCUCUCUCUCUAUCUAUCUAUCUAUCUAUCUAUAUAUAUAUAUAUAUGCAUUUAAAACUUUGUAAAUGUUUACCUGAUUCUUCACCGUCGACCUUCUUCUUCUUCUUCUUCUUCUUCUCCUCUUGCUACGCCUUCUUAUUAUUCUCCUCCUUCUUUCUCUCAUCCUCAUCCCCUCCUCCUCCUCCUUCUUUUUCUUCUUCUUUUUCUUCUUUUUCUUCUAGGCCUUCUUCUUCUUCUUCGUUGUCGUCGUCGUCUCCUCCUCCGCCUUCUUCUUCUUCUUCUUCUUCUUCUAGGCCUUCUUCUCCUCCUCCUCCUACGGCUUCUUAUUAUUCUCCUCCUCCUUCUUCCUCUCCUCCGCCUCCCCCUCCUCCUUCUUCUUCUAGGCUUUCUUCUCCUCCUCUUCCUCCUUCUUCUCAUCCUCCUCCCCCUCAUUCUCCUCCUCCUCCUUCUUCUUCUUCUUAA